CAAGAAAGGGCCUAUGAUUCUUGGGCUACAAUUUUCAAGCCUCGACCCGUCUACAAGCCAGGCCCAUUUAAUUUGAGCCCCGUUUGCAAUUCCCUCCAAUAAUUUCCCUCCACUGAGUCAACUCGUCGACACGCCUUCCCAGACAAUUACCAGGGAGGAAAAAAAACCCUAACUUCCAACUCAUAACUAUUGUCCUUCAAAAUUCCGACUCAGCGAAUCCUCUCCGAUCCCAUCGGUACGUCCUUACUUCUCUCGCCCUCUUCCAUCAUUCUUACAUGAACAAUUUUGUCUUUUUUUUCUUGAAAUAAAAUUGGGGUUGAAAAUUUGUCCGUACCUUUAUGCAUAAUUGUGGUGGGUAUCUCGGUUAGUUUUUCGUGGGUUUGGAUCAGUGAGUUUCUCUAAAUAGCAGAUGGGUUUGUGGUUAGAACAUUGAUUCGCGUGUUUUUUGAAGGCCUCAUUGGAAUUCUUUUGUAGUUGAGGUUUGUGUCUUUUUUAAGAAGGUGGUUGUAGAAGUUGCAACGAAGGGUAAUUCUUAAUGGGUUUUUGGUGAAGUUGAUAAAGAACUAUAUACCCUUUUGAUUAUUGGUAGUUUAAAUUUUUCUAUGGGUGUGGUUACGGUUGUUAAUGGAGUUGUGAAUGUAGUCUUCUUGAAUUGAGCUGUCCAGCAAGGGGGAAUGACUCGGGAGAGAUUGAUGGGUACCUCGGGUUCAGAAGGGUCUGUUUUAAAGAGGUCAUUGAGAAAGAAAGUGGGCGUACGUAAUUAUGAUGAGAAUUUGAUGGAUGACCUCAUGGAGAAGCAUUUGGGUGGUUCUUUGAGGAAGAGGAAUCGAACAAGGGAAGAUAUGGAGAAAGAAACCGAAACCGAGGCCAUGAUAGCCCUCUCUUUAGGCUUCCCGAUUGAUGCGUUGCUUGAGGAGGAAAUCAAAGCUGGGGUAGUGGGUACAUUAGGUGGGAAGGAGCAGAACGAUUACAUUGUUGUAAGGAACCAUAUCCUCGCUAAGUGGAGAGACAACGUACGGAUAUGGCUUUCAAAAGGACAAAUUAAGGAAACCGUAAGCAACGAAUAUGAACACUUGAUUUGUUCAGCUUAUGACUUUCUUUUGUACAAUGGGUACAUAAAUUUUGGGGUUUCUCCGUCAUUCACAUCUCAUAUUCCAGAAGAGGCAAAUGAAGGGUCUGUGAUUAUUGUUGGUGCGGGACUUUCUGGGUUGGCAGCAGCAAGGCAGCUCUUGUCAUUUGGUUUUAAGGUGGUUGUGCUUGAAGGUAGGAACAGGCCUGGGGGUAGAGUUUAUACUCAAAAGAUGGGGCAAAAUGGCCAAUAUGCUGCUGUAGAACUUGGUGGGAGCGUAAUUACUGGUAUCCAUGCCAAUCCUUUGGGUGUUUUGGCUAGACAACUUUCUAUUCCUCUUCACAAGGUUCGAGACAAUUGCCCUUUGCACAAACCUAAUGGAGACCUUGUUGAUAAGGAAGUUGAUUCCAAGAUUGAACUCGUUUUCAACAAGUUACUUGAUAAAGUAACGGAAUUGAGAAAAAUGGGUGGGUUUGCAAAUGAUAUUUCAUUGGGUUCGGUUUUGGAUACACUUCAGCGAUUGUACUCCGUGGCCAAAAGUGCCGAGGAAAGACAACUUCUUAAUUGGCAUUUUGCAAACUUGGAAUAUGCAAAUGCUGGAUGCCUCUCGAAUCUUUCUGCUGCCUAUUGGGAUCAAGAUGAUCCUUAUGAAAUGGGUGGUGAUCAUUGCUUUCUUGCAGGUGGAAAUUGGAGAUUAAUUAAGGCAUUAAGUGAAGGGGUUCCCAUUUUUUAUGGAAAGACCGUUCAUUCUAUAAAAUAUGGAAAUGAUGGGGUUGAGGUGGUUUCUGGGGAUCAAGUGUUUCAAGCAGAUAUGGUCUUGUGCACGGUUCCUCUUGGGGUUUUGAAGAAAAGGAGCAUCAGAUUUGAGCCCGAGUUACCAGAAAGGAAGCUUGCAGCAAUUGAUAGGUUAGGGUUCGGGUUGCUUAAUAAGGUUGCCAUGGUAUUUCCUCAUGUAUUUUGGGGCGAAGACCUGGACACAUUUGGCUGUCUUAACGAGUAUAGCCAUAGACGAGGAGAAUUCUUUUUGUUUUACAGUUACCAUACUGUUUCAGGGGGUCCAGUGCUUGUUGCACUCGUAGCAGGGGAUGCUGCACAAUCUUUUGAAUGCACCAAUCCAUCCGCUUUGCUUCAUCAUGUUCUAAGCAUCCUCAGAGGUAUAUAUGGUCCAAAGGGUAUUGAUGUGCCUAAUCCAAUUCAAACAAUAUGUACAAAAUGGGGCAGUGAUCCCCUUUCAUAUGGUUCAUAUUCUCAUGUUAGAGUACGAUCAUCCGGCAAUGAUUAUGAUGUACUUGCAGAAAGUGUUGGGAGCAGGCUGUUUUUCGCUGGUGAGGCCACAAAUCGGCAAUAUCCAGCAACCAUGCACGGUGCUUUCUUGAGUGGAUUAAGAGAAGCUUCAUGCAUUUUCCGUUCCUCAAGGGGUGGUCAAAGUAUUCCCAGGAAGUAUAUACAAAAGCCUGUUGCACCAAGCAAUGAUGUUUUGGGUGACCUGUUCAAGAAGCCUGAUUUAGCAUUUGGAAACUUUUUAUUCGUAUUUGACCCUUUGACAGAAGAUGCAAGAGCGAUGGGUGUUAUGAGUGUCACCCUUGGAAGUUCUAAUAUUUGUGAAUUAAGCAACGGUGAUCUUUGCGAAGGGGCAACAGCGAACACUUGCCACCAGUCCAACCAACCACUUCAGCUAUAUACAGUAUUAUCUCGUGGACAGGCACAUGAUAUGCAACUGUUGAAUGGGGAUCAGAACAGAUUGUCGUAUCUGCUAAAGUAUCUUGGCUUGAAAUUGAUGGGAGCUAGCGCGGUAGGACUCUUUGGUAACUCAUUGAUCACUAACAUUUCAGCUGCAAGACGAGGCAGGGGCAGGAAUCGCAUGUUUUCUGGACAGCAAUGUGCCCCAUAGAAAUUCUACAGUACUGUUACCCUCAUUUUGUACAUAACCUUGCCAGAGGGUUAUUCACUGACACAAGAAAUCAAUUCGUUUUGGGCGGAGGUGUCCCCUUAUUUUUUGGUAGCUUAGCACAUGAACCAGGAUUUGUAGAGUCUGAUCAUGCAGCAGCAACUGUUGAUUAGCUUGGAUCCUACUAUCAAACUAGAUCACCUUAGUUGGGACGAAACUUCGCAAAAUAACCCAAGGAGCAGUUUUGGAUGGGAUCUUGGUAAUUUCUUGUAUUCCAGCUCUAUCAUUAUGGGUUUACAUUAGAAAAAAUUCUCGUAUUUUUGGGCCUUUCCUUUUCCUGCAGCUUGUAUUUGUACACUAGAAAUUUUGGUUUUUCUUGCUUUGUAAAAGCAUCUUGUUAGUUUUGAAAGGAAAUUUUGUUUUCUCGAUA